AAAGGGGCGUGGGCGCGAGGGGCGGCGGGCUAGUAACCAUAGCAGCUCGUGUGGGUCGGCUGGCAAGUAACCGUAGUGGCGCGCGUGGGGCGGAGUGUGGCUCGGUAGUCCUCUGCGUGCCCUCCUGGGAGCUGGGUGCUGUGAGUCCUCCCCUAGCGGGCUGCUCUCGGCGCGGAGUCGGCGCCGAACCCGAGCUGCUGCUCUGGGGCGUGUGCCUAGGGCGCAGGGCUGGAGCGCGGGGGCUGCGUGGUUGCUCGCGGCUCCGCUGAGGUCUCUAGGAAAAGGGGCGAUUUGAGGGUUCCGCCGUGACCGCUCCCAACGGCGGAGACGCGCGCUCUGGACCAGAGCCGUUGCUCGCUGUCUCGUCACCCGAAGCCUCCUCCUGACGCCGUGCUAGUGCGAGGGUCUCCAGGGGAGUUCGGGGCACAAGUCGGGCCGGAGCAUCCGGGCGGCCGUGGCGCGAAGGCGCAGGGUCGGCGCUUUGAGAAUUGAGCGCAUGUGGAGUUCGGCGGAAAAGGGCGCAGUUGUGGAAGCUGAUCGAGGAAGCCUAAGCAGGCUCUGUGAAGUGGGAAUAGUGGUAUUUGAGUCAAGGUUUGCUUAACUGGAAAGCCCGUGAGAAGAAUGGAGCAGUUGAGAAUGUGGAAGCUCCAGAGUUUUCAGCAAUUUCUCUUCUUUUUUCUUGGGAUGAGGAGAGGUGAAUAAAUAGAUUGAAGAUGGAAAAUCCCCAAGACAUUUUCUCGAGUAAUGGUGGCUGUCUAAGUGAUAUAGUUAUAGAAAAAUACCUGGUUGAAUCCAAGGAGUCUGUGUCUCAUGUUCAGCUUGCUUGCAGCAUGCAGGACUGUGCUUUCCCUUUGGAUGGAACUGAACUUUGUAUAUGGAAUACUAAGGAUCCUUCUCGUCAGCUUCUAAUCCUACGAGGACACCAUCAGCCAAUUACUGCUAUGGCUUUUGGAAAUAAAGUGAACCCACUUCUAAUCUGCUCAGCAUCACUGGAUUAUGUUAUAAUGUGGAAUCUGGAUGAAUGUAGAGAGAAAGUACUUCAAGGGCUGGUCCCUCGAGGGACUGUCAUGGGCUCGCUUUUGGGAAAGGUGCUGUGUUUACAGUUGAGCCCGGAUGAUCAUGUUGUUGCCGUGUGUGCUGGAAACAAAAUAUUCAUGCUGGAUAUUGAGACUCAGGCUGUCCGGGCCGAGCUGCAGGGCCACCUGGGCCCGGUGACUGCGGUGGAGUUCUGUCCCUGGCGAUCAGGCACCCUCAUCUCGGCGUCCGAGGACAGAGGCUUUAAGGUCUGGGACCAUUGUACAGGAUCAUUAAUAUACAGUUCAUCUGUGUUAUCAGCAUAUCCUCUUCUCAGUUUAUUCAUUGAUGCAGAAAGCAGGCAGCUGGUCACCGGGUGUGCUGACGGCCAGCUUUGGAUCUUCAGUUUGAUGGAUGGACACCAUUAUCGUCGUGUGGCACGGGUUGACCUAAGGAAGAAGACAGAGACUUUCUCCACAAGAAGGGUUAAGUCUGGGCUGUGCAGCCAGCCAGAAGAAAGCCAGCUUCCCUCUACAAGUGCUCUGGGAAAAGGAGAGCAGGUUGAAGUAACAUUUCCUGUACUGAGACUUGCACCCUGCGAUCUCUCACUCAUCCCAAAUUCUGCAUGUGGAUGUCUUUCUUCUGAGAACACCCGAUGUGUGUGGAUCGGAAGCUCAGUGGGCUUAUUCGUAUUUAACCUGGCAAACCUGGAAGUGGAAGCUGCUUUGUAUUACAAGGAUUUCCAGAGCCUCAGCAUCCUGCUGGCCAGAUCGUGUGCCCUGAGGAACUGCACUGUGGAUCAAAAGGUGCUGUGCUUGCUGGCCUCCCUCUUUGGCGGGAAGAUUGCCGUGUUGGAGAUCAACCCGGCCGCGCUGGUCAUGGCUCAGCAGUGCCCCAGCAUGGGGCAGAGCCUCUCGGUGCCAGCCAGCUCCUGUGUCCUACCGACCUCUCCACUGUAUCUGGGAAUUGCCAAGGAGAAGAGUACCAAGGCUGCUAGUGAACAGCGAUGUGCUGCACGGAACGUCAUGAAGGACCAACGCCUGGUUUUCCAUAAUAAAGUUAGGUCGUCUGGUUAUGCGUCAGCACCACAUGUAACUAUGUUUUCACCAAAGACCAACAUCAAGAGUGAGGGGAAAGGAUCUUCAAGGAGCAGGAGCAGCUGCGCACGAGAGGCAUACCCCGUGGAGUGCGCUGUGCCCACCAAGCCCGGCCCCCAGGUCGCCGCCGCCCCCACCUGCACACGUGUAUGCUGCAUCCAGUACUCAGGAGAUGGGCAGUGGCUGGCCUGUGGGUUGGCCAACCAUCUGUCACUCGUUUUUGAUGCCAGCCUGACUGGGACACCUGCUGUGUUUUCAGGUCACGACGGGGCAGUGAAUGCCAUGUGCUGGAGCCAGGACCGGAGGUGGCUGUUCUCUGCAGCCCGGGACGGGACCCUGCGGGUGUGGUCAGCUCGUGGGGCAGAGCUCGCACUGCUUCUGGGCAAAGACAUGUUUUCUAAACCUAUACAGUCUGCACAGUUUUAUUAUAUAGAUGCCUUUAUAUUGUUAUCUUCUGGCCCUGAAUUUCAGCUACUGAAGUAUCACAUUGACACUUGCAAAGAUGAGAUUAAGAGAUAUAAACAGAAGAGCAAGUCCAAGCUGAUUUGCAGGCUCUCCACGACGGGUGCAGUAGACAUGACCAGUUUAUCGGCAGUCAACGACUUUUAUUCCCACAUCGUACUCGCAGCUGGCCGGAACAGGACCGUGGAAGUGUUUGACCUCAACGCCGGCUGCAGUGCAGCGGUGAAAGCAGAAGCCCACUCACGGCCUGUCCAUCAAAUCUGCCAAAAUAAAGGUUCAUCAUUUACAACCCAACAGCCUCAGGCUUAUAACCUUUUCCUGACUACGGCCAUUGGUGAUGGGAUGAAACUGUGGGACCUGAGAACCCUGAGGUGUGAGCGCCACUUUGAAGGGCAUCCAACCCGCGGCUAUCCAUGUGGAAUCGCUUUCAGUCCUUAUGGACGAUUCGCGGCUUGUGGGGCCGAGGACAGACACGCUUACGUGUAUGAAAUGGGCUCAAGCACGUUUUCUCACCGGCUGGCUGGGCACACAGACACCGUCACUGGAGUGGCCUUCAACCCAUCAGUGCCCCAGCAGUUCUCCUCCUACCAUCAUGUGAAGAAGGACAUGUUUGCUUUCCCUUGUGCCAUGACAGAAAGUUUCCUGAGGCCUCCCCAGCACUGCAGAACUGUGAGUCAGCUUGCCACAGCUACCUUGGAUGGUAAAGUCCAGCUCUUUCUAGCUGAGUAACCACUGACCUGUGAGCUGGGUCCAGGAAUGCUGUGAGGAACAACUUAAAAGUAAGAAGUAGUGGUUCAUCCAUCAGGGGGCCAGAAGCAGCAACUGUUUUUCAUACUUUGAGACUUGCUUCAGAUUUCCCCCUUAUGCAAGCUCCUUCCCCCUGUGUGUGCCAUGUCAGAGUUUUAUGUCUUUCUGCUCCUCAAAAGGGAUCCCCCUCAUUGGGAAAAUGGAAAUGGCGUCCAGUACUUCUGCAUAGAAUUUGGUAAAGUUAAAACAGAAUAUCUUUCAAUAAAACAUAAUAUAGUAUUUGUUUGAUAAUUAGAGUUGGAAGAAAAAAGAGAGAAUUUCUUUUGGGCAGUGAAAAUAAAGCAGUUAACAGUC